AUGGGUGACUACUCGAAAGCACUUGAAUUUUACGAAAAAGCACAUAAAAUCUACGAAAAAGCUCUGCCUUCGAAUCAUCCCUUAUUGGCUACUUCCUACAACAACAUCGGUGAAGUGUAUAGAAACAUGGGUGACUACUUGAAAGCACUUGAAUUUUACGAAAAAUCACAUAAAAUUCUCGGAAAAGCUCUGCCUUCGAAUCAUCCCAAUUUGGCUAGUUCCUACAGCAACAUCGGUGAAGUGUAUAGAAACAUGGGCGACUACUCGAAAGCACUUGAAUUUCACGAAAAAUCACUUAAAAUCGAGGAAAAAGCUCUGCCUCCGAGUCAUCCCAAUUUGGCUACUUCCUACAACAACAUCGGUAUGGUGUAUUUCGGCAAAGGAGACUACUCAAAAGCACUCUCAUUCUUAGAAAAGGCACUUGCUAUCUGUCAAAAAUCACUUCCGUCAACACAUCCUCAUAUUAAAGAAACGAAAGAUAACAUUGACUAUGUAAAAAAGAAAAUGUAA